UAACAUGCCUCUCCCUAUCCCUAGGCUCACCUUCCCUGAUGGCGCAGAUACCAGGGGAAGUGGACAACAUGGAGGGGCCCCCUGCCCCUAACAAUAACAACCCUGUAGCCCGCUGGGAGAGUCCGGAUCGGGGCUGGGAGCGGGAGCAACCAGCCGCUUCCACCGCGGGCGCCUCACUCUUCGAGUGCUCCCGGAUCAAGGCCUUGGCAGAUGAGCGGGAGGCUGUGCAGAAGAAAACCUUCACCAAGUGGGUGAACUCGCACCUCGCCCGCGUUGGCUGCCAUAUUGGGGACCUCUAUGCCGACCUCAGGGAUGGCUUCGUGCUCACGCGGCUCUUGGAAGUGCUGUCUGGGGAGCAGCUGCCAAGGCCCACUCGUGGUCGCAUGAGGAUCCACUCCCUGGAAAAUGUGGACAAGGCACUGCAGUUCCUGAAGGAGCAGCGCGUGCACUUGGAGAACGUGGGCUCGCAUGACAUUGUGGACGGAAACCACCGACUGACCCUGGGGCUGGUCUGGACCAUCAUCCUGCGCUUCCAGAUUCAAGUCAUCAAAAUUGAGACUGAGGACAACAGAGAGACUCGCUCAGCCAAGGACGCACUGCUCUUGUGGUGUCAGAUGAAGACAGCUGGGUACCCUGAGGUAAACAUCCAGAAUUUUACCACCAGCUGGCGGGACGGUUUGGCCUUCAAUGCCCUCAUUCACCGGCACAGGCCCGACCUCGUGGACUUCAACAAACUCACCAAGUCCAACGCCAACUACAACCUGCAGAGAGCCUUCCGCACGGCUGAGCAGCACCUGGGGCUGGCACGUCUGCUGGACCCUGAGGAUGUGAACAUGGAGGCUCCAGAUGAGAAGUCCAUCAUUACCUAUGUGGUCUCUUUCUACCAUUACUUCUCCAAGAUGAAGGCUCUGGCUGUGGAGGGGAAGCGGAUCGGGAAGGUCCUGGACCAGGUGUUGGAGGUAGGGAAGAUCAUUGAACGCUAUGAGGAGCUGGCGGCCGAGCUGCUAGCCUGGAUCCACCGCACCGUGGGGCUUAUCAGCAACCAGAAGUUCGCCAACUCACUGAGCGGGGUGCAGCAGCAGCUUCAGGCUUUCACGGCCUAUUGCACACUGGAGAAGCCAGUCAAGUUUCAGGAGAAGGGGAACCUGGAGGUGCUGCUCUUCAGCAUCCAGAGCAAACUGCGUGCCUGCAACCGUCGCCUCUUCGUGCCCCGGGAGGGCUGUGGCAUCUGGGAUAUCGACAAGGCAUGGGGCCAACUGGAGAAGGCAGAACACGAGCGAGAGGCUGCCCUACGGGCUGAACUGAUCCGGCAGGAGAAGCUGGAACUGUUGGCCCAGAGGUUUGACCACAAGGUGGCUAUGCGCGAGAGCUGGCUGAAUGAGAACCAGCGCCUGGUCUCCCAGGACAACUUUGGGUAUGAACUGCCAGCAGUGGAGGCAGCCAUGAAGAAGCAUGAAGCGAUUGAGGCGGACAUUGCAGCCUAUGAGGAGCGGGUGCAGGGCGUGGCAGAACUGGCCCAGGCAUUGGCAACUGAAGGCUACUAUGAUGCCCGCCGAGUGGCAGCCCAGCGUGACAGUGUCCUGCGCCAGUGGGCCCUGCUGACUGGGCUGGUAGGUGCCCGGCGGACACGGCUCGAGCAGAACCUGGCCCUGCAGAAAGUCUUCCAGGAGAUGGUGUACAUGGUGGACUGGAUGGAGGAGAUGCAGGCUCAGCUGCUGUCGCGGGAGUGUGGGCAGCACCUGGUGGAGGCAGAGGACCUGUUGCAGAAGCAUGGGCUGCUGGAGGGGGACAUCGCUGCCCAGAGUGAGCGGGUGGAGGCACUCAAUGCUGCUGCCCUGCGUUUCUCCCAGUUGCAGGGUUACCAGCCCUGCGAUCCGCAGGUCAUCUGCAACCGCGUAAACCACGUGCACGGCUGUCUGGCGCUCACUGGGGAGGUGGAGGCGCAUCGCGGGCCAGUGGGCGGCCUGCGGCGUCAGCUGGCCACACUUGGGGGCGCUAGUGGCGCUGGGCCAUUGGUGGUGGCAUUGCAGGUGCGCGUUGUGGAGGCCGAGCAGCUGUUCGCCGAGGUGACCGAGGUGGCUGCGCUGCGGCGCCAGUGGCUGCGGGAUGCCCUCGCCGUCUACCGCAUGUUCGGGGAGGUGCACGCUUGCGAGCUGUGGAUCGGUGAGAAGGAGCAAUGGCUGCUCGCCAUGCGUGUGCCUGAUUCACUCGACGACGUCGAGGUGGUGCAGCACCGCUUUGAGAGCCUGGACCAGGAGAUGAACAGUCUGAUGAGCCGAGUCCUGGAUGUAAACCACACGGUCCAGGAGCUGGUGGAAGGAGGCCACCCCAGCUCAGAUGAGGUGCGCUCCUGCCAGGACCACCUCAACAGCAGGUGGAACCGCAUCGUGGAGCUGGUGGAACAGCGCAAAGAGGAAAUGAGCGCGGUGCUGCUGGUGGAGAACCACGUUUUGGAGGUGGCGGAGGUGCGCGCCCAGGUGCGCGAGAAGCGGAGAGCUGUGGAGAGCGCGCCCCGCGCCGGCGGCGCCCUGCAGUGGCGCCUUAGCGGCCUGGAGGCGGCUCUGCAAGCGCUAGAGCCGCGCCAGGCGGCCCUUCUGGAGGAGGCGGCCCUAUUGGCUGUGCGCUUCCCGGCGCAGGCUGCGCGGCUGCAUCAGGGUGCGGAGGAACUGGGCGCCGAGUGGGGCGCGCUAGCCAGCGCGGCUCAGGCCUGUGGCGAGGCGGUGGCGGCUGCCGGGCGCCUGCAGCGCUUCCUGCACGACCUGGAUGCUUUCCUGGACUGGCUGGUGCGUGCCCAGGAGAUGGCUGGCGGCUGCGAGGGGCCCCUGCCGGGCAGCCUGGAGGAGGCCGACGCGCUGCUGGCUCGCCACGCGGCGCUCAAGGAGGAAGUGGACCAGCGCGAGGAGGACUAUGCGCGCAUCGUGGCGGCCAGCGAGGCACUGCUGGCGGGCGACGGCGCCGAGCUGGGUCCAGGCCUGGCACUGGAUGAGUGGCUGCCGCACCUCGAACUUGGCUGGCACAAGCUGCUCGGCUUGUGGGAGGCGCGCAGGGAGGCGCUGGUCCAGGCACAUGUCUACCAGCUCUUUCUGCGCGACCUACGCCAGGCGCGAGCGGUGCUGCGCAACCAGGAGAUGGCACUGUCGGGUCUGGAGCUGCCCGGCACUGUGGAGUCGGUGGAGGAGGCAUUGAAACGGCACCGGGAUUUUCUCACCACGAUGGAGCUGAACCAGCAGAAGAUGCAGGUGGCUGUGCAGGCUGCCGAGAGCUUGCUGAGGCAGGGCAACGCCUACGGGGAGCAGGCCCAGGAGGCCGUGGCUCGGCUGCUGGAGAAGAGCCAAGAAAACCAGCUACGGGCCCAGCAAUGGAUGCAGAAGCUACACGACCAACUUGGGCUGCAGCACUUCCUCCGGGACUGCCACGAGCUGGAUGGCUGGAUCCAUGAGAAGAUGCUGAUGGCGCGGGAUAGCACGCGGGAAGAUGGCCACAAGCUGCAUAAGCGAUGGCUCCGGCACCAGGCAUUCAUGGCCGAGCUAGCUCAGAAUAAGGAGUGGCUGGAGAAGAUCGAGAGGGAGGGCCAGCAACUGAUGCAGGAGAAACCAGAGCUGGCGCCCUCAGUACGGAAGAAGCUGGGGGAGAUCCGGCAGUGCUGGGCGGAGCUGGAGAGCACCACCCAGGCCAAGGCGAGGCAGCUCUUUGAGGCCAGCAAGGCCGACCAGUUGGUGCAAAGCUUCGCUGAACUGGACAAGAAGCUCCUUCACAUGGAAAGCCAGCUGCAAGACGUGGACCCUGGUGGGGACCUGGCCACUGUCAACAGCCAGCUCAAGAAGCUGCAGUCGAUGGAGUCGCAGGUGGAGGAGUGGUACCGCGAGGUGGGAGAGUUGCAGGCGCAGACAGCCGCUCUGCCGCUGGAGCCGGCGAGCAAGGAGCUGGUGGGCGAGCGGCAGAACGCGGUGGGCGAGCGCCUGGUGCGUCUGCUCGAGCCGCUGCAGGAGCGCCGCCGCCUGCUGCUAGCCUCCAAGGAGCUGCACCAGGUGGCGCACGACCUCGACGACGAGCUGGCAUGGGUCCAGGAGCGGCUGCCACUGGCCAUGCAGACAGAACGAGGCAGUGGUUUGCAAGCUGUCCAGCAGCACAUCAAAAAGAACCAGGUGAGCAGAGCCAGGGCCGGAGAGUGGGUUAGGACACAUCUGGAUACAAAUGAUAGAAAAACAGCUCUAUCAUUGGUUAAAGCCAAAAAAGUGAAUUUAUUGGCUCUUGUGAUUGAGAAGACUGUGGACAGCAGAUACAGAUCCAUCCAGAUGCUUCCAAGAUGUCCUGAAUUUCUCAUUUCCAAAUUUUUUUUCCUGUUACCUUUGUUCUCAGGCCAACUCCUCUCUCCUGCUGGUGAAAGAGCUCUGACAGGUUCAAGUUUACAUCCCACUCAUAAAACUGAGGAGAUUUUUUCUCUGUCAGUAAUUUCAGCAGUAGUCCCAGGAGGCGUGGAGAACUACGAGGAAAGCAUCGCGCAGCUGUCGCGCCAGUGCCGGGCGCUACUGGAGAUGGGGCACCCGGACAGCGAGCAGAUCAGCCGGCGGCAGUCUCAGGUGGACCGCCUGUACGUGGCCCUCAAGGAGCUGGGCGAGGAACGCCGGGUGGGCCUGGAACAGCAGUACUGGCUGUACCAGCUCAGCCGCCAGGUGGACGAGCUGGAGCACUGGAUUGCAGAGAAAGAGGUGGUGGCCGGCUCACCUGAGCUCGGCCAGGACUUUGAGCAUGUCACGGUGCUGCAGGAGAAAUUCUCGGAAUUUGCCAACGAGACUGGUACGGCAGGGCGGGAGCGGCUGGCGGCCGUGAACCAGAUGGUGGACGAGCUGAUUGAGUGCGGCCACACAGCGGCAGCCACCAUGGCGGAGUGGAAGGACGGGCUGAAUGAGGCCUGGGCUGAGCUGUUGGAGCUCAUGGGCACACGGGCCCAGCUGCUGGCCGCCUCUCGGGAGUUGCACAAGUUCUUCAGUGAUGCCCGAGAGCUUCAAGGACAGAUCGAGGAGAAGCGGAGGCGACUGCCCCGCCUGACUGCCCCGCCUGAGCCCAGACCCAGUGCCAGCUCUAUGCAGCGGACCCUUCGCACCUUUGAACAUGACCUGCAGCUCCUUGUGUCCCAGGUAAGGCAGCUCCAGGAAGGGGCAGCCCAGCUACGGACGGUGUACGCGGGCGAGCACGCGGAGGCCAUCGCCAGCCGGGAGCAGGAGGUGCUGCAGGGCUGGAAGGAGCUGCUGGCAGCCUGCGAGGACGCCCGCCUGCACGUGAGCUCCACGGCCGACGCCCUGCGAUUCCACAGCCAGGCUCGCGACCUGCUCUCCUGGAUGGAUGGCAUCGCCAGCCAGAUCGGAGCAGCUGACAAGCCCAGGGACGUGUCGUCGGUGGAGGUGCUCAUGAACUACCAUCAGGGCCUGAAGACCGAGCUGGAGGCACGGGUGCCCGAGAUGACGGCCUGCCAGGAGCUGGGGCGCAAUCUGCUGCUCAACAAGAGUGCCAUGGCUGAUGAGAUCCAGGCACAGCUGGACAAGCUGGGAACCAGGAAGGAGGAGGUGUCGGACAAGUGGGACCGCCAUUGGGAGUGGCUGCAGCAGAUGCUGGAAGUGCACCAGUUUGCCCAGGAGGCGGUGGUGGCCGAUGCCUGGCUGACCGCUCAGGAGCCACUCCUGCAGAGUGGGGAGCUGGGCAGCAGCGUGGACGAGGUGGAGCAGCUUAUCAGGCGACAUGAGGCCUUCCGUAAAGCAGCUGCAGCCUGGGAAGAAAGGUUCAGCUCUCUGCGGCGCCUGACCACGGUCAGCACACCCCAGAUCCUGCCCCAGGCCCCUCCCGAGCUCAAGCCGGAACGCCUCCAGCCGCGCAUCGACCGGCUGCCGGAGGUCCCGGGGAUAGUGGAGCCCACGGCCCUGCCGGCCGCAGCAGAGGACGCCGCGGAGACCCCCGGGGCCCCCGCAUCAGCAGAGCAGGUCCGGCCGCGGCCAGAGCGCCAGGAGUCAGCUGAUCGCGCAGAGGAGCUACCCAGGAGGCGGCGGCCCGAGCGUCUAGAAUCGGCAGAUCAAUCCGAGGAGGCUGCGCGGAGGCGGCGGCCCGAGCGGCAGGAGUCAGCGGAGCACGAGGUUGCACACAGCCUUACCCUGGGCCGCUAUGAGCAGAUGGAGCGGCGGCGCGAGCGGCGGGAGCGGCGGUUGGAGCGGCAGGAGUCCAGCGAACAGGAGAUGCCCACGAGAGGAGACCUGGCCAAGGGGAAGGCCACCCUGGCUGACAUUGUGGAGCAGCUGCAGGAGAAAGAGGCAGGCCCUGGGCUCUCUGUUGGGUUCCUGCUGCGCAAGCGCGAGCUCGACGCUAACCGCAAGUCGUCCAACCGGUCGUGGGUGAGCCUGUACUGCGUGCUCAGCAAGGGGGAGCUGGGCUUCUACAAGGACGCCAAGGGCCCAGCAUCCGGGGGCACACACGGCGGGGAGCCACUGCUCAGCCUGCACAAGGCCACCAGCGAGGUGGCUAGUGACUACAAGAAAAAGAAGCACGUCUUCAAGCUCCAGACCCAGGAUGGCAGUGAGUUUUUGCUCCAGGCUAAAGAUGAGGAGGAGAUGAAUGGCUGGCUGGAGGCUGUGGCCACAUCGGUUGGGGAACACGCGGAGAUCGCCCGUUGGGGCCAGACGCUACCCACAACGUCGUCUACAGAUGAGGGCAACCCUAAGAGGGAAGCAGGAGAGCGCAGGGCCAGCGGGCGCCGGAAGUGACUUACUACCCCCAGGGCCUGACACCUCCCCGCUCCUCCUCUCCGCACUGUGGGCACAAAGACACUUUCUCUUCCGCAGGGGCGGGAGCCCCUAGUCCCACCAACACUGCGGACGCGCCAUGGACGGGCACUGGAAAGGAGGGGAUUUCUCCUGCACCCCAAGAAGUGCUGGGGGAAUUGCUGCCCCUAUAGCCAUAUCUCGGCCCCUUCCUGCUCGCCACCCCCACCCCAGGUGCUGGGGCUUCAUUAUUUUUAUGCAAUAACUGAGCUUGGGCGGGGGCCGGUAAGGGGCCAGUUGAGCGAAACUCCCUGCCCCGAUGCCCAGAUCCUGCCCCAAGAAGCUGGGGUGGUAGGGGCGAUAAUUCCCGACCCGCUCUCUGCCCUAGGGAUGGGCAUGGGGGGCGCUGGUGAGGUCCCCUGGACCAUCCAGGGUGCUAGGGGGUGGGGAGGGGACGCCCCCUCCCCGCCUUUACCUCACUUCCAAUGCUGCCUUGAUCUCUGUCUGGGAAGGGGGAGUGAAGGGGCCCUAGCCUCCGCACUCCGCCGUCUCAGAGCCAUGCGGUUAAUUCCUGACUUAGUUUAUUUUUGCAAAAUGUCGACCUCCUCCUCCCCCGCCCCGCAUCCGCGAAGGCUUUUAAAUGGGAGGGGCGUCAAAGCUCUAAAUUGUCUUCCUCUCUCCUCCCCCCUCCAACUGUAAAUGCCACUUCGUGAGGGGAGGGGCGAGGGGAAGCCCUCCCCCUGCAUGCUUCUGGCUGGAGCACCUCCCUGGGGAGUAGGGGGACUGGGUUGUGGGCAGCCCCCAUGGCCGCUUGGAGAAGCCGCUGGGGGCCCAGGAGUGUGGGGGCGGUGUGGCGGGCGCAAACUCUAUGUACCUAUAAUAAAUCCUUUGGCUUUGACGGUC